UAUUCGUGUGUUACCGGAAGUAGUUCUUCCUGCCAGGAUCGACUCGUCAGUCAACUUUGAGCUUAGCUCGUUAGCUGCGAACAAAGAAGACGGCGAAGUUGCCAACACGUCGCCCGUCAGAGACCGGCUGUGUGUGGGAAAAUGUGUAAAGUACAAAUGCUGAGAGCGCUGGUCAAUCAGCGACUAACGGCGGCCGUUGAAGAAAUAUUUGUGGUGUUGGAAAGAACGAUAGCAGAAUACGAGGAGGAACUUUCCAGAACAAAAGAGGAGAACCAGCGACAACGUCAACUACUGGACGCUGUUUUCAACAAACACCCAGUCGGUUUCCACGGAGCAGAUGUCAGCGGAGGACAUCUUCCCUUUGAGCAGCAAGAAUGGAGCGCCAGGGCGGAACAGAAGGAGCCGCGGCCCUCCCACUUUAAAGUGGAAGAGGAGGAACGCAACAUCAGUCAGGAGGGCGAGCAUCCCGAAGGACUGGACGCCUUCCCGGUGAUCGAUGUCCUCGUGAAGAGUGAAGACGACGAGGUCAAAGGCGAGCGAGAGCUGGAGCCUCCAAGCAGCAGCUCGACUCAACACAUGACAACGUAUGGAAACCACCAUGGAGGAUCUCAAGCAGGCAACCUCUUGGCGCCGCUGUCGGACAGCGACGACACAAUGUCACCCUCCCCGGACACCAACGAGGAAGACCCUAAAGCCGACAAGACAGGCUACAUUGACAAAAAAUGCGCUUGGUGUGGCAAAAUGUUUUACGACAGCAGCACUCUGAAAAGACACGUUCGGAUACACACCGGAGAAACACCUUUCUCCUGCUCCGUCUGCGGUAAAGGCUUCCGACGGAACGAAUGUUUGCAAAUACACAUGAGGCGACACACCGGAGAAAAACCCUUCUGCUGUUCAAUCUGCAACAAAAGCUUUUGCGCCCGAACGCCGCUGGUAAUACACAUGAGAACACACACCGGCGAGAAAGUCUUCAGUUGCUGCGUGUGUGACGAAAGAUUCUCCUACAAGUACCAGAUUAGCAAACACAAGUGUGCCGGUUUCAACAGCAGCCAGUAAACGAAAGCUGCGGGACUCGGAAUAAACUUUGGGAUAAACUUUCGACUUGCUAACAAAGUCACCAUAUAUUGCAUGCGUGAGUCACCAAAUAUAGCAUGUGUGACCUUAUUGUGUGUGUAACACAAUCCUAUUUAAAUGUAGUAAUAAAGAUGUGACAAAAUGUCAACCAGGUUUACUUACCGUAUUUUCCGCACCAUAAGCCGCCCUGGGUUAUAAGCCGCGCCUUCAAUGAACGGCAUAUUUCAAAACUUUGUCCACCUAUAAGCCGCCCCGUGUUAUAAGCCGCAUCUAACUGCGCUAAAGGAAUGUCAAAAAAACAGUCAGAUAGGUCAGUCAAACUUUAAUAAUAUAUUAAAAACCAGCGUGAUGUGGGCGCGCAUGGAGUCGUAUAUCAA